AUUAAUACGAGGUUGCUCCUCGAUGAUCUUUUCUAUGAAUAGAAUGUGGCAUCUACGUUUGAAGAUUACCCAUAUUUCAAGAAUGUGUAAGACAUAUCAUCGUAAGAGUAUCACUUUCUAGCUACUUUGCCCUUUUUCAAAUUCUGCUCCCGCGUCUGAGCCUUUCUUUUAAGCCCCUUAUGCGGCUUCUCUCCCAUAUCCUCAUCUCCCUCUUCCUCUUCCUCCAAAUCGACGGCCCCCAUUCCUCCCUUCUUCUUCAAUUUCGCGGCCGUCUGCCUCUCUCUCUGCUUGUCCGCCUUCCUUGUUUUCUUGUCCAACAUCACCUUGACUAUCCGUGCCGCAAUCUCCUUCUGCGCCGCACCCAUCCCUUCCUUUUUCACUUCCUCCCAAUCCUCCUCGUUCAUCUCUCCCACCAACACCCCCUCACACCACACCCCCUCACACCACACCCCCUCACACCACCAAGAUUACUUUGCCCCGUAGGGCGCUUCGUAGCCGGAGCUAAAGGGCGGGGGCUGAAACCCUUCGGAGGAGGAGAGGGAGAGGAGAAGUUGGAGAGUUGGAGAGUUGGGAGAGGGCUCGACGGUGUUUCUGAGGAGCCACUACCAAAAUGAUCUUACUUUAUGUCACGGCACUUAGUCACAACCACAGAAGUUCGAGAAAACAUACUCUCAGUUGAUUAUGGGGGAGGACCAGCCUCGAACCUGAAAGGGGGAGG